AUCCAUUUUGUAAUUUUAAUUAGUCGACAAGGAAAGGUUAGAUUGACAAAAUGGUACUCCCCGUAUUCACAGAAAGAAAGAACCAAGGUCAUUCGAGAGCUCAGUGGAAUGAUUCUUACACGAGGUCCAAAACUCUGCAAUUUUGUUGAGUGGAAAGGAUACAAGGUUGUAUAUAGAAGAUAUGCCAGCCUCUACUUCUGCAUGUGCAUUGAUGCAGAUGACAAUGAACUGGAAAUACUUGAAAUUAUUCAUCAUUUCGUUGAGAUAUUAGAUCGAUACUUUGGCAGUGUUUGUGAGCUUGACUUGAUCUUCAAUUUUCACAAGGCAUACUAUAUAUUGGAUGAGAUUCUGAUUGCCGGUGAACUUCAGGAGUCAAGCAAGAAGACUGUUGCACGGCUAAUUGCUGCACAGGAUUCAUUGGUGGAAACAGCCAAAGAGCAGGCUGGUUCAAUUAGCAACAUGAUUGCUCAGGCUACCAAGUAGAAAAUCUGGUCGUUUUGUAUCAAAAUUGAUGUUGUUUGUUCUUAACUUCAUUUUCAUGGAGUAUAUUGGUAUUAUACUAGUAUAAUUUCUUUUGCUUGUGCUAAGACAAUCUUAUGGUUUAUUUGAAGUGAGGACCAUGUAAUGCAAAUAUCGUUUGCUCUAGCUGGUAGUUUAAAUUUAAGUAGAGAAGCCUGUAUACAUGGAUUCAACUUUUAUAGUACGAAGUUUAUCAUCAUCAUCAUCAUCAUCA